GACAGAAUUGGUUGCCUCUCAACCUGCGCUUAUACAACGGCAACCCACCGAGGCUCUGCAGCAUCGACCGAAAGCGCUGCUAGCAUCAUUUCCGUUUGCGAUGCUGACGAGGCGAUCAACCGUACGAGCGGCCAGAUUAGAAUCCUGCACCGACACAUCAAGGUCACCGAGCCGCAGACGCAACAAUGCAGCACCCUCUUUGCGUUGCUUGCGUGGCAUAAGAUGGCGGUUUCGGCCUCGUCGAGGAGUCUCAGCUGGCACGGCGUUGUCUCCGAGAAGGGCCAGAAAAGCUCGACGGCAAUUGUUCAGGAUCGACCAUGCACUGCUGCUUCUGGUUUCGAUCGAAGCGGUCUCCGACAACCGUGACGCUCAGGCACCUGAUACCUGCUCAGUCGACAUUCUCCAUCGCAUCGAACGACAAGGCGCAUCGGAGAACGGUCGGUAUCGUGGGUACACCGUCCCCAGUGACGAGUUAUGGACAUGGAAGGGCCAUGGAAACAUUCCGAUCUGCGAGCCAUUGCCGACGUCGGAGUAAGAGGGUGGAGUGUAGCGAGACUCGAAGAGCGAUAUUGGCUAGAGUUUCGGGCAGAGGGUCAGCUGCCCUUUUAG